AUGGAAAACCCUCCAAAAGGAGUGUUACUUUAUGGCCCACCUGGUACUGUUGACGCAUUUGGAGGGACUCGUUUUGGGGAUGGAGAAGACAAUGAAGUUCAGCGAACAAUGCUGGAGCUAAUCAAUCAAUUGGACGGAUUUGAUAAUCGUGGGAAUGUCAAGGUUCUGAUGGCUACAAAUAGACCUGAUACACUUGAUCCGGCAUUGUUGCGUCCAGGAAGACUAGAUAGAAAAAUAGAGUUUGGAUUGCCCGAUCUUGAAGGGAGAGUAAAAAUACUGGAAAUCAAUGCCAGAACAAUGAGUGUUGAGAAAAGUAUUCGUUUUGAUCUUCUCGCAAGAUUGUGCAAUGGAGCAACUGGAGCUGAGCUGAGGUCUGUCUGUAUUGAAGCUGGGAUGUUUGCGAUAAGAGAAAGGAGAAAGAUAGCUACCGAAGAUGAUUUCUUUAAAGCAGUAGAUAAAGUUAUCAAAGAAGGAAGCAACUUGGGCAAGGAACGUUCGGGCAGUUCAUCUAAUACAAAAACGAUGUGCACGGUGUUCUAUGCCCAAUCUAGAUACUAUCGAGCGCCUGAGGUUAUAUUGGGCAUUCCUUACACAAAUAUGGUUGAUAUGUGGUCCUUUGGAUGUAUUGCUUAUGAGAUGAUUUGUGGUGAUCCGUUAUUUCCUGGAAAGGACAACUGCGAUCAAAUCAAUCGGAUUUAUGAUUUUUUUGGAAAUACCUUCCCAAUAAUGAUGCUUGAUCACGGAAAAAACACCACAAAGUACUUUAACAAAGUAGAAGGGACUUACAAGACAAAGAUAUCCGGAGGCGGAGCUACUUACUGA